AUGAGUCGCCCCACCCGAACUCUUGGUGUUAAUGGCCCAACUCUGCCAGCUAUUGGCCUCGGUCUAAUGAGCAUUGGGGGGCUUUACGGUGACCCGGGGCCAAAAGAAGAGAGACUCGCUUUCUUGGAGCACGCGCACUCUUCUCGCCAACGAUUCUGGGAUACUGCAGACGCCUAUGGUGACUGUGAAGAUGUUGUUGGCGAAUGGUUUCACAGAUCUGGGAAACGUGAAGAUAUCUUCCUUGCAACGAAGUUCGGCUUUAUUCGCGGGCCUAACGGCGUGAGCGUCGACUCUUCUCCAGAAUAUGUGAGGGCGGCAUGCGAGAAGAGCCUUCAAAGACUAGGAGUGGAUAAAAUUGAUCUCUACUUUUGUCACCGCGUCGAUGGUAUCACGCCCGUUGAAAAGACCAUUGAAGCCAUGGUUGCAUUGAAGAAUGAAGGCAAGAUCCGAUAUCUGGGUAUCUCUGAGGUUUCUGCUGCCACCCUGCGUCGUGCCCACGCAGUCCAUCCGAUCACGGCCCUACAAAUCGAAUAUAGCCCCUUCGCCACAGACAUUGAGUCUCCCAAAGUUGAUCUCUUGAACACCUGCCUCCCCAUCGGCCGUGGGCUUCUAGCCGGCAAAUUCAAAUCCGCCGCUGAUAUCCCGGACAAUGACUUCCGCAAAAAACUUCCCAAGUAUUCCGCUGGAAACUUUCCCAAAAUACUGGAGUUGGUUCGAGGGUUUGAGGAUGUAGCAAACGCCCACCAGACAACCCCUGCAAAGGUCUCCCUUGCUUGGGUCCUCGCCCAAGGGCCAGAUAUCAUCCCCAUCCCCGGCACUACAUCUGUGCAGCGGAUGGACGAAAACGCCAGUGCUUCUUCUCUCAUUCUGACCGAUGAUGAAAUCCGCACUCUUCGAAUUCUAGUGGAUAAAUCGACUGUCCCCGGCAAUCGCUAUAUGGAUGGUUUCGAAGAAUCUACAUUGGGUGACACUCCACCUCUUUGA